AUGGUGAAGGACGUAGGUGCACGGAUCAGUACCCCCACCCCGCUGACGCCCAGCGUACCACUCACGAAGCUGCUGAGGGGACAGGGUCUCACGACCGCGCUGCUGCUGCUGGCGUGGACCACCACCGGAGCCACUCCUCUGCGCAGAGCCGCGACCAGCUCCACCGCCACCUCCCCCGCCUCUGCCACCUCCGCCGCCUCCGCCACCACCGCCGCCUCUGCUCCCUCCGCCACCACCGCCGCCUCCUCCUCCUCCACUGCUGCCACCGGCACCUCCACCCCCACCACCACUCCCACUACCACCCCCACCCCCUCCGCCGCCUCCACCGCCGCCUCCACCGCCCCCGCCAUCUCCUCCAGCGCCCUUGCCCCCCUUGCCCUUGCUAGUGCGGCGCUUCCCCGAGGGGGCAGACGUCGCGCCGACCGACUCGAAACCAACGAGGUCGGCCGCAGCAGCAGAAGCAACAGAGGGCAAGAGGGGGGAGGGAGAACACCCCUCAAAGACGGGGGUGCGGGGGUCACCACGAGAGGCUCCUACAGCGACUAUGCUCUUCUCUACUGCUAUGAGGGCCUUCUCGAGGAGGUCAACGGUGAAAGUGGUGGGGCAAACAGAGAGAAAGUGGUCCCUGACUACGCGGAGGGAGUCAGGGAGACGGGCUACUAUGUAGUAGAGGGUGGCGACGCACAGCAAGACGUGCAGCAGCAUCGCGUGUGGCCCACUGUGAGGGAACAGUGGCGUCAGCAUCAGCAGCAGGGGCAGGAGAGGCACAAGAGGUGA